UCCCAGUAGAAACAAUUGCGUUCCCAAAAACAUUGCUAUUUUCUAAAGCGUAGUGAAUUGUGCGUCAACCUAGCGAUUUGACGAGGCUUCCACUGUACUUCUGGCCGUGUCUGCUCUAUAAUAAAUACUUGGCAUAACGAAGGCGACGACUGAACCCUAAAUAGUUGCGAAUAUAUAAGCUAAGGUUGUCCAUGAAAUCUUUCUUUAUUAGAUCUAUGGAUUUUGGACGCGAAUCAUUUAUUUCCAAACAAGCUUUCGCAUAGUGUCCAUGACCGUAUGGAAACUACGUCUACACCCGUCCAAAACAUAUAAGCUAUCUAUAUAAAAAUACAUAUAUAUAGUGCUGUGGUAAUCGGCGACCAAGCUUUCUAAUUGCAGGGCGUCUUUCAGACAAGGCCUAUAAGCUCUCAAUGUAUCGAUAUUCCAGGGCCUCGAUGAAGUAUAUUGUGGCACAUUCCAGCAAUUGGCUGCGCUUUGCUCCAUCCCUAUCCCAGACACUGCCUAGUCAUGAGGGGUGUCCAUCAUGACUCUAUUUGUUUUGAGUUUUUCGUAGUGUUGUAGCACGUGCAUUGCUUAACAUUUUAGAUACUGUCUAUAGGUGCAACUGACUAACUGAAUUUGAUUAAAGCAAUGUUUUUACGUGCUUGUUGUCUCAGUAAUCUUUUCUUUUGUCUCCUAUGGUUGCUGUAACUGCAUGUGUUAUGGACGUUAGUUGGUGGCUGUAACGCGCGUUGUCGAACCACUAAAACGCCGGGCACUCUACCAGCAAUGUGUUCUUUGCAAGAGCCCUUCGGUACUCUUGCAAUAGCGGGGGACAUGCGUGGAGCCGGAGGUUCAUUAUUAGCCGCGGGCCCCUCUGGGGACACAGUUAUCGCUAGUGUGUCGCCUUCAUGUGUGGCUUUACUACGACCCGACUAUUCACAACCAAUACGCUCGUGGUUUAGCAAACCUUCAACUCCAUUUACCACAACAGCUGUAUGGGACUCUGUCAAUAACAAGCUGGUUUCUGCUUCACAAACCAAGGUUCUCGCCUGGACAAAUUCGGAGAAAGCAGUUCCAACGGUAGUUGCUGACUGCCAAAGCGACGUUCUGUGCUUCGUGCCAUAUAGCGCUGGUGUAGCAGUCAUAUGCAAGAACGGUCUGACAUUUCAGUUACAAUAUGAGCGACCAAACUGGGAGGUCCAGAUGUCUCCCGCUGUCAGGGGAACAUUUUCUUGGGCUGCCAUACUCGAGCUUAACGGAAAAACAGUCGUACUUCUCGUAGCGGAGGAUGGGAAGAGUGUGGCUCGUUUUCCUUUAGGCGAUCCCAACUCGAAAGCUACAAUUAAACUUCCGGCAAAGUUUACCAUUACAGCUUGUUGUACCCACAACAACACUCUCUUCGUAGGCAAUAGUCAAGGAAAGGUCCUGCUACUAGAUGAGGAAUUGCUGAUUCCGUCGAAAAUUGAUCUCAAGCUGGAAGAACCAGACCAUUUGACAGCGUUAAUCAGCUGUGAUAGAGAUAUCUUAGUGGCUAGCCAAACUCAGGUAUCCCUGUGGGACAUCCAGUUUGGCUUGAUGAAAGCCAGCAUUAGAAUAGCAUUCUCACCAUGGGUGAACAAGUGUUUGUUUUACAAUGGCAAUAAAGCUUUACUUGUUCACACAUCCCUGAUGGUUCUUCCGAUGAAAAUACAAAAGUGGUCCUUAGCUGCGCUGACUGGAUCUAAAAAACGAAAGUCAGAGAAGAAAGCAACGGGUUGCGCAGAACUUUGUAAUAGUUUUGUAAGCCAAGUCGAUAACUGGUCACCUACGGACAUGCAGAGGUAUCUCCAACAAGUUGACGAUCACUCAGAAGUGCUGAUUGUUAAGUGCUGGAAACGGAUUUUGAACGUGGACCCGAACCAUCAGGCUAUCGUUAACAAACUCCUCAUAACGCGGCACGAGUGCCACAAGCUGACGGCAGUACUGCAUGAGUCUCUCUCGAUGGAAGAAGUUCAGCGAUCCAUCGAUUUAUUGGCCAGUUGUAUGGCGCAGGUUACGCUAGUUCAACUUGGCGGUGGCGUUCUCGAGGCGUUAAUGGACUGGGCCUGUCAUCUUGUAGACGCGCAUAGAAAUGCGUUGAAAGUUAGCCUUCGAUCCGAAAAUGAGUCGAUAAACGGGUGCCUCCUCAAACUGGAAAAGAGCUUACGCCGCAUUGAAGGCCUCAGUCAGGAUCUAGUAGAUAGCCAGUAUAAUCUUAAAGUGGCAUUAGAUAAAAUAGAUCGAAUCGCAGUUCCAAGAGAAAAACUGUACUGGGUGGAACCGUGGCCAUUUUUGAAUAAUAAAUCUAGCUAGAAAUAGGUUUCUUAUAAAAGAUGUCAAUUGUGUAUUGUGUUCAUUAUUAGUUAUCGGCUGACGUCCGCUUUGCAACUUGGACAUA